AUGGCUGCCUCAAUGCUGCACUACUUCCGCUACGGAAACAACGCCCCCUCCAAGGAAGCGCCGCCAGACGGCACGGCCCCUGUGCGUGCUCUGCCCGCCUCCUGGUACACCUCGCAGGAGAUGUACGAGCUGGAGCGCCGCGCGAUAUUCUCCAAAAGAUGGCUCUUUAUCACCCACAGCUCGCGACUCAAGAACACGGGCGACUGGCUGCGCUACGAGAUCGCCGGCUUCGAUUUUAUCAUCACGCGGGACCGUGAUGGCAAGAUCAAUGCGUUCCACAAUGUGUGCCGGCACCGUGCGUAUCCGGUUGUUGAGAAAGAGGGCCAGGGAAACAACAAGAUCCUGGCGUGUCGCUACCACGGGUGGUCCUACGGGCUUAACGGGAAGCUGGCCAAGGCUCCCGGGUACCAGGAUCUGGAUGGGUUCGACAAGGAUCAGAACGGGCUGUUCCGGAUUCACGUCAAGGUCGACAUCAACGGCUUUAUUUGGGUGAACAUGGACGCAAAGGAAACUCCCGAGGUCCCAUGGGAGGAGCACUUCAAGGACGUUGACAAGCAGGAACGGUACAAGCCGUACAACUUUGACGAAUACGACCUCGACCACACGUACCAGCUGGACGGGAACUACAACUGGAAGAUCCUGGCUGAUAACUUCAACGAAUGCUACCACUGCCCGACGACACACCCCGACAUCCCUGACUUCAUCAACCUCGACUCUUUCGACAGCGACGUCAAAGACGGGCAUAUCCAGCAUCACUGCAAGUCCACGCCAGAGCAGCUGGCGCAGGGCCUGAACGUCGCCAGUACUUACUACUUCCCCAAUGCAUCCAUGACUAUCUCGGCACAUUUCAUCAUGGUCCAGAAAUUCCUCCCAAAAGGCCCCAACAAGUCGACCAUGGCCUACGAGAUCUACCGCAACCGCAACUCCUCCGACGCCGACUUCAAGCGCAUCAGCGAGAUGUACGCGCGCGUCAUGGGCGAAGACAAAGUCCUUUGCGACAACGCACAGAAGAACCUCGACCGCGGCGUCUUUGUCAACGGCCAGCUGCACCCGAAGUUCGAGAAAGCGCCGCUCUUCUUCCAGAACACUGUGCGCGAGGUUAUCACGGAGCAUUUCAACCGCGAGAAAGCCGAGGGACGGCAGAUCUGGCCUGCGAGACAGAAGCUGCCUGGCGAGGCGAAGGUGAGCGAACAAGAUGAGAACCUCUGCGCGAGUUUGGGCUGUGGAGCGCAGAAGGAGGUUCUGGCUUGGUGA